CAUAAUUAGUUUGAGUUACUUCCUCUUCUUCACCCCACACAAAUAUUUAUUUUUCUACCACUUUUGAAAACGUUUAAAUGACACAAAACACUAACACUGUGAGGUAAUAUUUCACGCUAUAUAGAGACAGUGACCACUUCGUACUUUACACUAUUCUUCUUUCUUCUUCCUUCUAUCCUUCCUCCAAAACAAACAUUUCUCACACAAAUCAAACCAGACCAAAUGGGUCGUCAUUCCUGUUGUUUAAAGCAAAAAUUAAGAAAAGGUUUAUGGUCCCCUGAAGAAGAUGAAAAGCUUUUCAAUCACAUAACCAGAUUUGGUGUUGGUUGUUGGAGUUCUGUUCCAAAACAAGCUGGGCUUCAAAGAUGUGGUAAAAGUUGCAGAUUAAGAUGGAUAAAUUAUUUGAGGCCUGAUUUAAAGAGAGGAAUGUUCUCACAACAAGAAGAAGAUCUUAUAAUCAGUCUUCAUGAACUCCUUGGAAAUAGGUGGGCUCAAAUAGCGGCACAAUUACCGGGAAGAACAGAUAAUGAAAUAAAAAACUUCUGGAAUUCAUGUUUAAAGAAGAAGCUUAUGAAGCAAGGGAUUGAUCCAGCAACACACAAACCUCAUACAGAAGCAUAUGUUAAGGAAGAGAACAAAACUACAGAAACAAUAACAACAACAUCUAUGCAAAUACCAUCAAUUACAUCACAAGGUUCUUCGUUUCUAAUAAGCGAUUCGAGUUACUAUGAGAAUAAUGGUCUAAGUCUAACAGAACCUUCAAGAGAAAUUUUUAACAGCAAAUCAGCAUUGGAUUUGGACCCUUUGUUCUGCUAUGAUUUCCAAUCAGGUUAUAAUUUACCUAUAAAUAAUUAUCAGAGCCAAAGCCAAUUUGGACUCAAUUCAAGCUAUGGAUUCACUUCAAUGCCGAGUCUAACAAAUUCCGAUCACGCAAAUGUGUCGAUAACAGAGUUUUCAGACAACAAUUCAGCAUCAAAAAUCAGCUCAUUGUUCAUGAAUGAUCAAGUGAAAGAAAGCAAUUCAAGCAAUAGCUCAAACAUGAGUACUAUUUAUCCAUCUCAGAUGACAACUACUAUGAUGGAAAAUAACAAUGCAGGGUUUUCUUGGGAAGGAUCAGAGAACAAAUUGGACCCUUUGUUUCAAUUUCAAGUGAAUGCUAUAAAAUCUGAAGAAUUUGGAACAAGUUCAUGGGAAGAAGGACAUAUUCAAACUCAAAAUUCAAUAGAUUUCAGUAGCUAUCAUCCUUUAACAUCACUUUCAGAAGAUUUAACAGAAGCAAAUUUUGAUGCAUUCCACCAUAUAUGAUUAUAUGAACUGUAAAUUAUUUCUCUAUUUUUUUUUUAUUUUUCUUUUGGGAAUAUUUCUCUUGUUCAAAAUACAAAUAUAGAAAAGUGUUUGAUAGUUUAGGAGAUUUGAGAUGAUACCCCCCUCCCAAGGAUUUUCUUUUACCAUUGAUUGAUGUAUUUGUUUUCAUAAGCCAAAGUUUGAAUUGAAUAAUGGUAUAUUCUUUAAGAUUAA